AUGGGGGCGACAAUUGAGGCGACUCAAUAUCAAACUGGCAAAAAGAACAGCUCUAAACCACAUCUGCAGGACAUGAGGACAAAUGAACAGGUCAAUAAUCAGGCAAAGGAAAUCACAGAUGCAACAAUGAAUGUAUUAAAAGAUGUGGCUGAUGCUGUCCUGAAGAACAAGGUAGUUGGAGAAGAACCAACUGUUAUAGAGACAGAGGCCCUUUCCAUGACUGUAAUGCAAAGUCAGCCAGAGUCUUUAGGUGAUCAUGAGCUGUCGGUUGGGUCAACAACAGAGGGCAGCAGUCCUGCCUCGAUUCUACUUCCAAGUGCAGAUGCACUUAAGCUAGAGCAGAAUGACAUAACAAGCAGUACAGAUAUUUUUGAUAAAGUAUACCAGCUAUAUAUGUACCAGAUGAAAGAGAAUCCAUAUAUCUGGCACUCCAGUGCUGAAAGUGUGACCACUGACUUGAUGGGAAUUGAGAUGAGAAAUUCCAAAGGAAAUGUAAUGAAAAUGGAAAACUUGUCGGAGAAUAUAACAAUUCAUCUGCCCACAAAAGAUAAACCUGAUCUCGAUAAAGUCAUUCUUACUGUACCAAUCACAACUCAAGGAAACACAACAGUUAACACAACAAUCAUGUCAGAAUUCAAAGCUAGAGAUAUAUCUGUCAUCGAGUUUCGUGUUGCUAAGGGUGCUGCUGCUGUCAUAAAAAUUCAACCUGUUAUUGAAAAUAUCACACUCAGGGUGCAUGUAAAAGAGGGCAAAAGACCAGUUAUGAGAGAUAUGAAAAAUAAUGCCAUGAGAAUACCACAUACUGCUGACACACUGUAUAGAUCUCGAACUAAUAAAACAGCUCACCCCAAUGUUAUAUAUGUGCCUAGAAAAAAUAGACAUAGGACAUUGUUCAUCGGCAUACUCCUUGAGAACAACAGCCCAGGAAAUGCUGAGUUUAUAGCAGGUUACAACAUGAGUGUAAUUCCCAAGAAUGAAACGCAGGCCGUUCCUGUAGAGCUGAACAUUGGCACUUAUACAUCAAAGUGUCUGUUCUGGAGCGAGUCCUUACAGUUGUGGAGUAAUGAGGGAUGUUUUGUGUCACCUCUAGCUAUGCCAGAGAGUUUGUCCUGUGAUUGCAACCAUAUGACGGCAUUUUCUGGCAGUUUUUUCGUCCUUCCCAAUAAGGUAGACCCGAUUGAUGAUGCCAAGUUGUUCUUGAGUUUCUUUGAUAACCCAGUGACGAUCAGUACAAUGUUAGCAGUUUGGUUCCUGUAUAUCAUACUUGUAGUGUAUGCCAGGAAACAUGACAGGAAAGAUCUUUUACAUGCUGGUGUUACUAUUCUAGAAGACAAUAAUCCAUCGCAUCACUAUGGGUACCUUGUUACUACAGUAACAGGUUGGCGUCAGGAUGCAAGCACAAGUGCCAAUGUGUUUCUUCAACUAAAUGGAACGGAAGGGUCGAGUGAGCCACAUCAUUUGAAACACUGGGACGAGAAGGCUAAAAUAUUUUGUUCUGGAAGUGAAGAUUAUUUCUUGUUGACAUCAGAUGGAAGUAUUGGCUUCCUAAAUUCAAUCACCAUCUGGCAUGACAACACUGGAGACUAUCCAAACUGGUAUCUGAAUCAAGUUACUGUGAGAGAUCUACAGGGUGACCAAGUGUGGCACUUCCUGUGUAACAGAUGGCUAGCUAUUGACCUAGAUGACUUUGCAGUUUCACGCACACUUUUGGCUGCAAACGAGGGAGACUUGCAAGAAUUUAGCAAUGCAUUUCCCGGACUUGCUAGUAGGGACAUGCGAGAGAAACAUCUAUGGCUGAGUAUCUUCUCUAAACCUCCAGAAAGUCACUUCACACGAGUACAACGCUUAACAUGUGCAUUUACAUUGCUCUUGAGCUACAUGCUGACCAAAAUCAUGUUUUUCGGUAUCCCCAAGGAUGACCCUGAAGAUCAAAUGCAGAUUGGUCAGUUUCAUUUCUCAAUAUCUGCCAUUGUUAUAGGCUUAGAGUGCAGUCUCCUGAUGUUUCCCUUCAACUUGAUCAUUGUUCAGCUCUUCAGAUUAACAAAGGAAAAACCUGGAGAGCAAAGAAAAUUUGAAAAUUUUCAAAGUUUUGAAUCAGUGGACACAAUGUCAGUUGAUACAUUGUCUGAUUCCGGAGAUCAUCAUGGCAUAAAGAAACUCAAAUCUGAACCUCUACUCAUAAAAGAUAGAGUUUUCUUCUCCCCAGAAAAAAGUGAAAUCUCUAAAUCGAAGGAUAAUCAAAAUGAUGAUUUGACUCUAGAAUGUAUUGAGGUAGACGUAUCAGAGAAGACUGAAUCUGUUAUGUCAAACAUAUUAACAAGUGAAAGCCCAACAACCAUAAGUUCCAAGUCAAAAUCACUGAUCUCUGAUUCAGUGGAAGAGGAAACAAGAGCAAUACCUGCACAUCGAAGCAGAAAGGCAACUUUAGAGAGAAAAGGUGAAAAGGCAGACAGGGACCUGUUCAGUGAGGAGGAUAGUUAUGUUGAACUUCAAGAGAAGAAGAAAGAGCCACUUGGGCUACCAUGGUGGUUCAUUUACAUCAACUGGACACUAAGCGUCCUAAUAUGCCUGUCAGCUUCCUACUUCAUCAUGUUAUAUGGCCUGAAGUAUGGCUACCAAGCUAGCAUUGAGUGGCUUACCUCCAUCUUUGUUGCCUUUUCUACAAGUAUACUGUUCAUACAACCUGUCAAAGUGAUUACCAUUGCAAUACUGUGUGCAUUGAUUUGCAAGAGGAAACCUGAGAUUCAGGACCGCAGAGACAAGAUUGACAAAGAUGACAAAGGUCUAACAGAGUCAGAGAAGUUAGAGCAAUACUUGAAGACCAAAGUUUCACACAUGCAAUACAAGCCCCUGGAUUCUGAGUGGCUUGCACAGGAACGAGAACGACGUUUCAAAGAGCAUCAUAUGUGGGAGACAUUUCAAGAUAUUGUUAUAUAUGUUGUAUUCAUACUCACACUUGCUGUGGUGGUCCAUGGGCACCAUGAUCUGAGGGCAUAUAGACAGACCAAAUCUAUGGAAGAUAUGGUCAUUAACGCAGCUUAUGAGGGUGAUGUUGCCUUUGGUGAUGUGUCAACUGUUGACAGCAUGUGGGAUUAUCUGAGAAAUACAAUGGUUCCAAGUCUCUAUGCAGAAUACAUGUACAAUGGAGACAGUAUAUCUCAUCUUGGGAUUGCAAGUGAUCUAGUUACAACUGUAGUUGGUGUGAUAAGGUUGAGACAACAGCGGAUAGAGAAAGGUACAUGUGACAUUUAUCCGUUGCUAAAGAAACAAUUCUCUUACUGCACUGGUACAUUUACAUGGACCAAUGAGGACUAUGCAGACUAUGGUCCUUACUGGAGCCCCUUAGAUGGGCCUCCCAGUCGAGAUAUAUGGAGCUACAAGACAGCAUCUGAGCUAAAUACGCUGCCAUUGGCUGGCCAUCAUAGAACAUACUCAGGUGGUGGAUAUCUUGUGGAGUUGACAAAAUCAAGAAAUGGAUCUCGGAGUGCUUUAGAUGAUGCUAAAAACGAUGGUUGGGUGGACGAGAGAACAAGGGUCAUCAUUGUAGAAUAUACAACCUUCAACCCAAACACAAACCUAUUCUCUGUCUGCUCUUUAAUGUUCGAAUUUCUCACUCCAGGUCAAAUUCUUACAUUCCCAAGCAUACUAACUGUUAAACUCUACCACUAUUCCAAUGGUUCUGAGAUACUUGUCGCUGUAUGUGAAGUAUUGUUUCUUGUAUUGUUGUUGAUCUCCACUGUUAAGGAAAUUAGAUCUGUUAAGGCACAUGGCGGACUUAAAGGAUACUUCCAAGAUAGCUGGAAAUUUGUGGAAGUGUUAGAAAUUCUGAUUAGCUAUUCAGCUAUUGCAGUGUUUUUCAACCGUUUGGUGAUAGUGAAUAGUAUUAUAUCCAAGUUUUAUGACUCCAAUGGUCAGGGAUUUGUCAGUUUCUACCCAGCUGUUUUCUGGGACUAUGUUCUUAAUUACAUCUUCGCUUUCUUAAUGAUCUUGAAUGUGAUGAAGUUGUUCAAGUUGUUGAACUUUAACCCAAAAAUGCGCAUGUUGUCUGAUGUAUUUGUCAUAGCUGGCAGGCCCCUCAUUCAUUUCGCCAUCAUGUUUGCCAUUGUCUUAAUGGCAUUUACCCACUUUGCCAUGAUGUACUAUGGGUCAACCUUUGAUGAGUUCAGUACAGGCAUGCAUACACUUAUAACAUUAGUACACAUGUUAUUGGCAGAGUUUGACUCUGCUCACAUAGUGGAGUACAGUUUACCAAUGGGCAUCAUAUUCACGGUUGCAUUCCUUGCAUUUGUAUAUAUAAUGACACUAAACUUGAUGUUGUCAAUAUUGGAUAAUAGUUUCACAGCUGGUAGCCAUAGCACAAGAGACACAGCAAGUGUUUCUGAUAUCUUGGCAUUUGUUAUCAAGAAAUUCAAGGUGUGUAGUGGGCUAAGGUACUUAAAACUCUACAGACGGUGGAAGAAGUUUUGGGCAAAAAAUGUUACUGUUGGUGAUGAUAUUGGUGAAGAACCACAAAAGCUUUCCAUGAAGGAUAUUUUGUGAAUUGUAAAUACUGUAAUAUUUAGUUCUGCACAAUUUGUAUUUCUAUGUGUUUGUAAGAAUAUGAACAGAUGCAUAAUAUGUAGGUUAAUAGAACUGGCUAUAUCAAAUUAAUGUCUGUAUGUGUAGAGGCGUUAUUUUUUAAUACAUCAUCACAAAUGGAGACUGCACACUCUCAAUAUCAUAACUAAACAUCACUCAUUAUAGAAAGCCUUGAAUGUAUCAAAUGAUGGGAACUUUAAUGGACUUUCAUAAGCUAUUGAUAUACGUACAUGUAUGACAUCGUUAAAUAGAAUAUACAAUUUUAGCCCACUCUGUAGGUAUGUACAUCUUAAAUUGGUUGAUUUUUUCCAGUUAGUCCAUCUUGUAUACAGAAAUACUUUCACAUGAUGCAAGUUUCUCUUUCUUUUGAAACAGUCUUGAGGACUAAUGCAAAUCGCAUAAAAUGUUAAAAUGUGUAAUAUUUGUAUGUAAUGAUAAUUGAUUUAAUGUGUCAGUGAUUGGCAGAAUCCAGUUUAAGCUAGAUCAGUAAAUGAAAUUAAACUAAAAAUUGUAGAUAGACAAAUAUUGUCCAUUGCAAAAUAUCAAAUGAUUGUAUUAAUCAUCAUGUUUAGCUAUUAGUGUUUAUGUGUCUUAUUUCUGCUAAGAUCCACUUAGAAUUAAGACCAUCGUUUACAUUAAAUAGGAAUUAAUCAACCUUCAGUUUAUGGCAUUUAUUGAAUUUGCAAAUCAUGUAAAAUUUUAUAUAUGAGGGCUUGUUCAGAACAUAUUAUUAUUUCAUUUAACAAUUAAGAAUUGCUGCAUCCUUAAAGUUUUCAAAGGCAAAGGCAGUUUCAUUGGAAAAAACAGGAGUUUCAAACUUAUAAAGGGGAUUGUGUCUUAUACAUUUAAUAUGUCCAGUAAAAAAGCUAGUACAAAUGAAAUGCAUCAUUAAUACUAUCGUAAAUAGUGUUUUUAAAAUAGAUAAGAUUAGUUCGAUUGUUGAUGAUAAUGGUAUUUUUUAUGCAUAAUGUCUGAUAUAAACACAG